AAAAUCAGCGGAUGACGAACACAACAGAGUCUGUCUGCCUGUCGAGUUUUGUUUGGGAAUGUUUUUGCAGCUAAACAGUGAAUAGUUAAUGAUAAUACUAUUAUACUCUAAUUUAAAUUAAAAGUACUACAGUGAAAGUGUUUGUUGAAAAAGUGUGUUUUAAGUGUGAUCUGUUUUAUAAGUCGUCGAUGUAACCGAAUCUGAGGAGUCAUUAGAAGAUGCCAUUAAGAACUUAUCACAAAGAAGCGCACCGGUUUAAGUAAACAGAUGCUCAAUGCUGUUACGUAUCAAAAUAUCGCCAUAAGUUAUAAAGAACAGAUGGUUGGAAUAAGAUGGUGCUCUAUUUGCAGUAAAUGAUUAAAGGUAGUACCGAUGGUCGCAUCGUCCAGCCGCGCUGAGCCGCGCCGCGCUCGGACCCGAGCGCCCAGGCCGUAAGGUGUGCACCGCGAGCGCAGCAGCCGCCGUGAUGAGCACAACCCGCCACCAUGCGUCGGCGGCCAUUCUGAACCGGGAACGGACGCGUCGGGCGCGAGAUGGCCCUCAGCGGCGGCUUACCCAGACCGCCGGCGCACGCGCACCCGCCCGCGCCCACUCACUAUGAGAUGUGGAAGCACAGCAAGUGGCGACAGAAAGCACCGCCGCCCAGGACCGACCCCGCUAUCCGAGUACCCAGAUAGAGACUGCAGUGUUAUACAGGCCUAAGUGUUUCCGUGUAGUGUAAAUAUAGUGUGUUCGUUAAGCAUGUCGGGUGAAGGGCGCGGCGCGCGCACUCCGCUGCUGGAGUGCGGCUAUGCGCAAGCGCAGAUGCACGCGCACAAGGCGCCGGCGCCACGCUGCUGCUUCUGGCUGGCCAGCCACGUCAACGUGAGGAAGUGCGUCGCCGGCGUCAUGCUGCUCUCCGUCCUCACCAUAUUCUUCUAUACGUACUACGUCACCGUGCCACUAACGAGCCUGGUAUGGCGCGAUCGUGUGCCUCGGCCGCUGUCUCAGUGCUCGUUGCUGGCGUCGCAACAGCGAGCACGCGACCACAGCUCAGACGCGCGCCUUCGCAGCGACGCCAAGGUGCUUGUCAUUGUCGAGUCGGCCUACUCCCGCCUCGGCAGGGACAUCGCUGAAUUACUCGUCGCCAAUAGGAUUCGGUACAAGGUGGAGGUGGCAGGCAAGAGCCUGCCAGUCCUCACCACAUUGGACAAGGGACGGUACGGUGUGAUCGUCUUUGAAUCACUCAACAAAUACGCAAAUAUGGACAAGUGGAAUCGAGAACUUCUGGACAAAUACUGCCGGGAGUAUGCCGUGGGUGUCGUCGGAUUUGCAACGCCAGGAGAGGAGACAUUGGUCGGAGCUCAGUUGAAAGGAUUCCCACUAUUCAUGCACACCAAUCUAAGACUUAAGGAUGCUACGCUCAACCCCGCAUCACCAGUGCUGCGACUGUCCCGCGCGGGGGAGACAGCGUGGGGUGCGCUGCCUGGCGACCACUGGACUGUGUUCCGCGCCAAUAGCACAACAUACGAGCCAGUUGCCUGGGCAGUGCGACAGAACGAAUACGGCUCCAGCGAAGAGCGCGUCCCACUGGCAACAGUGAUACAAGACCACGGGCGAGUGGACGGCGUACAACGCGUGCUGUUCGGCGCUGGCUUGCAGUUCUGGCUACAUCGGUUACUGCUUCUCGACGCCCUUAGCUACCUCAGCCACGGACAGCUCAGUCUCAGCCUCGAUAGAUGGAUACUUGUCGAUAUUGAUGACAUAUUCGUUGGAGAGAGGGGUACUCGACUACAUGAAGAAGACGUGUCAGCCCUGCUAGCGUCCCAAGCCGCGUUGCAGAGGCUUGUAGCCGGCUUCAGGUUUAACCUGGGCUUCAGUGCAAAAUACUACCACCACGGUACUCCGCUAGAGAAUAGAGGCGACGACGCAUUACUACGGAAUAGAGAACAUUUCACGUGGUUUUGCCACAUGUGGAACCACCAGCAGCCGCACCUCUACAACAACGUGUCUCAGCUUGAAGCAGAGAUGAUGUUGAACAAGCAGUUCGCGUUAGAACACGGUAUACCUACCAACUCGUGUUACUCCGUGUCUCCGCACCACUCGGGCGUGUACCCGGUGCAUGAGCCGCUGUACGCGGCGUGGCGCAAUGUAUGGGACGUGCAGGUCACCAGCACUGAGGAGUACCCGCAUUUAAGACCUGCCAGAUUGCGCCGUGGCUUCCGUCACCGCGGUGUGAUGGUGUUGCCGCGUCAGACGUGCGGUUUGUUCACACACACGCUGCUACUGGAGCGAUAUCCCGGCGGCCGGCAGCGACUCGACCGCUCCAUACAGGGCGGGGAACUCUUCCAGACUGUCAUCAACAACCCUAUCAACAUCUUCAUGACGCACAUGUCGAACUACGGCAAUGAUCGACUGGCGCUGUACACGUUCGAGUCGGUGGUGAAGUUUCUCCGCUGUUGGACCAAUGUGCGGCUCGCCUCCGCGCCGCCGCUUGCACUCGCGCACAAGUACUUCCAGCUGCGACCCGAUGAACUCAACCCGCUGUGGGGGAAUCCGUGUGACGACAUCCGUCACCGUCGCAUCUGGUCGAAGAGCAAGUGGUGUGGUAGUUUACCGCGUGUGCUGGUGAUCGGGCCGCAGAAGACCGGCAGCACAGCGCUGUACAGCUUCCUCGCCAUGCACCCCGCGCUCGUACCCAACCUGCCCAGCACCACCACGUACGAGGAACUGCAGUUCUUCAACAAUAAUAAUUAUCUUAAAGGUUUGGAUUGGUAUUUGAACUUCUUCCCGGCGAACCUAACCAACUCUAGCCAGAUGGCGUUCGAGAAGUCGGCGACGUACUUCGACGCGGAAGUGGCGCCGCGGCGCGCGCACGCGCUGCUGCCCACGGCCAAGAUUAUUGCUAUACUUAUAUCUCCUUCUAAAAGGGCGUAUUCAUGGUACCAGCAUAUACGUUCUCACGGUGACCCUGUGGCGAGGAACUACUCCUUCCACACCGUCAUCACAGCCAACGACUCCGCGCCCAAGCCGCUUAAGGACUUACGCAACCGUUGCCUGAACCCGGGCAAGUACAGCCACCACUUGGAGCGGUGGGUGGCGGAGUUCGGCGCGCACCAGCUGCACGUGGUGGACGGCGCGGCGCUGCGCGCGCAGCCCGCCGCCGCGCUGCACGCGCUGCAGAAGUUCCUCAAGAUCACCCCGCACAUCGAUUAUAACAACCUGCUCAAAUACGACGCGAAGAAAGGUUUCUUCUGUCAGGUGAGUGGCGAGAAGACGAAAUGUCUCGGUAAAUCUAAAGGUCGCGUGUACCCGCCUAUGGAGGAGCGCUCGGCGAAGUUCCUCGCGCGCUACUACACGCCGCACAACGCCGCGCUCUCCAAGUUGCUGCUCCGCCUGGGCCGCGCCGCCCCGCCCUGGCUGCGCGACGAACUGUCUGGAUAGCACGCGCUUGCAGACUGUGUGUCCGCAACUAGUGAUGUGAACUAGGGAAUGCUCCGCAGCAGUCUUUAGUAAACUUGCGAUGAGCGGACUGAAAUUAUAGGUGAUUGAUUCAUGCAAUUUAUAGCUUAAAAGUAUUGAUUUUUUAAUGUCGAAUCUGUAUGUUAGUACUUAAGACAAAUGUAACAAAAAAUGUGAAAAACUUAAAGUUGGAUUAUUCCCAACUGUCACCCCGAUCUGUGUCACCCCGCGUGGAGACAGAUGAGAAUAACAAGUUUCAUCCGUUCCACCUUUUGCGAUGACGGGACGGUUGGAACUUAUUUUAUUUUAUAACGGUUCCAUCUGUUGCCUUAUUGGCGAUGGUGGGAUGAAUGAAACUUUUUAUUCUCACGUGGGGACAGAGCGGGGUGACGGUUGGGUAUAAUCCUUUUAAAGUUUCAAGUAAGAAUGUGUCAAUAACUAACUGUCAGAUAUUUCAGAAAAGUACAGAUUAAAAAUUAUUUUUAAAACUUUUGUGUUAUUGAGAAUUCUUUUGGGUUUCAGUGCUGACACUUUUAUCUGAUCGUUGAAAUGUCUUUGUUAAUUGAUUUUUAGCCCUCUGUGCCCGCUCCGCUUAUCGUUCCGACCCGCUCAUCGCAGGUUUAGUGACCGCAACCUUACUCUCCAACUGACAUGUAACUACCUCAUAAGAGGCCGCGAAUCGACAACAAGUUGAGUGACAUGUUUCUACGAGUGUUUUGAUUGUCGUAUAUAAUUGUGUUGUAAAUGUUUUAAACUUAAAAUGGACUUGAGAGUUAAUAUGGUUUAAAACCAACCCGGCAGUUGUCUAUUACGUAAUAGCAUAUUUGCGACUGGUCUUUAUUGUAUAGCUUUACUCGUUUUUUUUUAAUAGUCAAAUUUUAUUUUGAAACUUAUUAAGUAGGUUUAAGGUAACAGUUGUCCCAUAAAUAUGUUUUAGUUUAUAUACCGUGAGACUGCUAACGUGGGAUUUCAACGACGAAGGAUUCAUGCAAAAUUAUAUUGCUUACUCGUUCUUUUUUCUAUCAGAGUGAAAGAGAUAACUAUAUGUUUUAGGCUUGCUAUUUCGAAAAUCUAGAUGUUUUAUUAUAUUCUUUAUUGUGAUGUGCGAUGCAUCGCCUUUUUUUAAAUUUGGUUAAGUUAUAAUGUAAAUUAUUUACGGUAGCUUUUUUAACAUUGAACUGGAAUUGAACGAUAAUUCUUUACGAGUUAUUCAACUUGCCCACAUCCACUUAGCCAUAUGGGGUAGGCAGAUAGGCACGAACAAUGCUGCAUGAUUAUAGUUUUAUUUUAGUAAAUUAUUGUUAUUUUUAUAGUUUUCUUACGAGGCAAAUUAUCGAGCUUUGAUUGUUCAUAUAGUCAAUGUAAGAUUUUAAAUAGUGGAGUUUGUUUCUCAUUCCAUGCGACGGUUUGACGCCUUUUAUUGAUAAAUUUAAAUUUAAUAUUCAAAUACUUUUAACGACAAUAUUAGUAGAAAAAACUAAAUUCGUUUUGAUACACUUGUUUCCAACAAUAUAUUUUCAAGUGGCGUGUAGCGAUUCUAUAAAAUUUGUUUUUAUAAAAAAAUAUUAAAAAAAGGAUUCAAAACUAACAAAAAUGUUCAGGUAUAUCUGAAUAUAAUGGGGUUAAUAUAAAAUUAAUUGAUUUCCCAAAUAAAAGAAGAUUCUAAAGAUAUUUUGUUGUAACGCAUCUUGUUUGUUGAAAGUAACCGUGGGUGUCUAUUGCCAAUCUCGUGCAAAAACAUCUUAUUGUAUAUAUGUUUCGGCAAUGGAAACUCAUCAACAACAUUCGUUACCUGGCACAUUACAUUUACUCCCGCGAUAUCUGUAAUUAAUUCUAACAUUUGUACGUCUGGUGCCAUAUCAACUGUCUCUAACGGCACUAAUGCAAUUUCACACAAGGACAGAGCAGUCGACAUUCCAGUACUGCUAUUGUUUGAAAACGAGACAGAACUUUUACGAUAGUAACAUCCAAUUGCAGUACUGCAUAGUUAAGUGUGCUAUGUUCUGUCUUCGUGUGAAAUUAACACUAAAACAUUGUCUUUUGUGUACAACACGCUAGUCCUUAUUGUAAGCUAUAUGUGUAACUCCGAAAUCGUGAAGUACAGAAUGUCAGGAUUUGUGUUUUUUUAUUAGCAAAUUUAUUGCUCUAGAAUUAAGGUCUCAAAUUGCGCAGCUAUAACAAUCAAUUCAGUUUAUGCAAAGUAUCGUGCAAUCAAACAAUUUUACUUAUUCAUUUUAUUGUUAUCUUUUAAUGCAUUUUUUUUAAGAUUAUUUUAAAUCUUACUAUGAAAAACAUUUUUUAAGACUAAAUAAUGCAAUGAAGUACGCUAAAGUCUUAAUAAAAAUUAGUUGAAAAAACGCAUUAAGUCAGCAAAAUGGCGAAAUGAAAAGGUUAGAAAAUAUAUCUCUAAUGCAAUCAAUGUGCCCAUUUGUAAACCAGCUUUUUAUAGUUUUAAUGUAUUGAUUUUUUCACAAUCUGUCAAAGAAGCUGUAUGUGUUAGUACUUAAAAGAUAAUUGUAACAAAACAUAUGAAAAACAUAUAUCUAUUUAAUGUUGUAUAGUACGUUUCAAAUAAGAAUGUGCGAAUGAGUCGAUCUGUCACAUUUGUUAAAAGUACAGAUUAAAAAUUAUUUUAUAAUCUGUGUUAAUAAAUUUCUUUUUAUAUUUUAGGGCUAUGACGUCAUCAGAUACGGAUUCAGGCACAUUUUUAUUUAAAACGAAUUCAUAUUUUUUUUUUGUAAAAAUGUUGUAUUUAAUUUUUAAGACUUAUUAGAUAUUAUCGUAAAAGAACAAAAUGUGAAUAUAUAGUAAAUAUAUGAAUAUAUGUAUGGCCUUAUGUUACAGUGUUGCAAUGAUUUGAAUAUAUUGCCAUCUUAUAUUGUAAAAUAAAUAUGUAUAGUGUUUUAUUUAAUAACAAACAUCACAGAAAAUGAAAUAUUUUAUAUCUCAAAAGAUAUACGUCCGAUUUGAAUAAUAAGUAUAACAAAAUAUACUAAUAAAAUAUAUACUUAACAUAAAGUAAAAAUAAAUUUUGGGAUUUUUAGUGAAUGUUUAUGGCAACAUUUUUGUGAAAUUCUACUUAGGAAUUUUGUAUUAAAACAUUCUUUCAUAUCUUCUAUACAUGAGAGGAUGUUUUAUACAAGUUUUUGUACAGUGGAAAUUCUACUGUAGCACAACUUGUUUAAUUUGGCGAAUAACUUUUAUUUGAAACAAAAAAAUUUUUUUUUCAUUUUUACAUUGUUGAUUUAUUAAAUUUGCAGCUUUAAUGUUGAAUGUGACGGGUUUUUAACAUUAAAUUGUUAAUACAAUUUCAUUACUUUACAAUGAAAAAGUAUUUUGAUAUAUUUCAAAAUUACAUUUACAUAAUGAAACGCAAGUUUUUGUAAAAUAUGUUUCAAUUUUAAAUUCAUAACGAUUUCUACUGCAAAUAGUAAAUCUAUAAACUUUUGAGCCAAAUAUUUUCAUAGGACGUUCAAUAUUUUUUGCAAAACAUAGUUAUAUCGAAAAAAAAUAAAGUAGUUUUUCAGUAGAAUAAAUCGGUUAUGUUAUUUAGAAAAUGUCUCGGAAUUAUUUGGCUCGUAAACAUUGUUUAUGUAUUAAUUAAAUAUUGUUUAUAUGUUAAAUGGAAUAUUAAUAAAAAAAUGCUCUUAAAAUGUGUCCUUCAAACUAAUACAUCACUUUAUUUUAUUAAAAUGAUUUAAAACUCA